AUGAGUGAUAUUCUCAUCUCCAACCAGAUGGGCAUGCCGCGGAUGAUUUCUGACUGGCAGUACGAUACUGCGGAGCCGCGGAAUCUCAAUGAUGCAGAUUUCGACGAGAAUACCGCAGAGUUGCCUCAACCGCGACCCGAAAAUGAGCACAGACGGCCCUGGGUAUCAUCGCGCGUAGGCCCCUGCAGCUACGCAGAAGUCAUGCAAGUAGAUGGUCUAUUACACAAAGCAGCUGCAAGCAUUCCGCCGCCCCUGCAGAUGAAGCCCAUGGCAGCUAGUGUAACAGAUUCUCCCCAGGUCAUUCUGGCCCGGCUAUUCAUCAGGCAUAUGUUCUAUAAAGGACAGGUCAUGCUACACCGGCGAUUUCUUUACAUGCGGUCCCCAUCUCAGAAUGAUGAUGUUUUCGACUAUUCCCGGAAGGCUUGCCUCGACGCCUCGCUGGAAACUCUUGCGAUUCAGCACAUACUCGACGAGGAAACCUGUCCCGGAGGCCAGCUUCAUACGAUGCGCUGGCGAGUCACCUCCAUAAUGAACCACCAAUUUCUCACGGCCACUAUGAUCCUGUCCUCGUUAUUGUAUCACGGGCGGACGCUACAGCGGGAAGAUGAGAUUCGCGGUGCGCUGCAGGGAGCGAGGACAGUAUGGAUGCGCAGGAUCUCGACUUCUAAAGAGGCGAAGAAGGCCGCUGAAACGAGCAAUAUCGUGCUUUCCAGAACUGGAAAACGCCGGGAAGGGGAUUGUCGGCCUAACGAAGACGCCAGCAGAGAGGCUGGGGGUUUAAGCUCCCAAAUGAAUCCUCCGAUUACGCAAGACGCACUUUUUGGCAUUAGUGUUGAUGGAGAAAAGGGGCUAACAGAUAGCAUCAGUUUCUAUGAGCCUGACCCAUUCAUCAUGCCCGAUUUCCUGGGUAAUUUCCUGCCACCUGAUCUGCAGGGUCAGGAUUUGAGCUUUAGCGUUAAUAGUCCUAGGCUCUUUUUGGACGAACUGAUGCCUACGAACUGGCCCGGAUCGGGCUGA